UUUGUUCUCUGCUGCAAUAAUUUUCUGAGCGAUGUCUUCACCAGUAAUUUCCUUAAUUUCAAGUUCAAAGUCUCUGAGACUCAGCCAUGUCUUACAAACAAAGAGAAAUGGAAUCAUAUACAUGGCUAUGUCCUGUUGCAGAGUCUCUCCUUUGAAGCCGCCGUCUGUUAACAGAAUCUUCAUCAGAAUCCCAUAUGGGUCUUUUAAGAAAGCCUCCUUUUUCACUUCCUCCAGGCCCUUUUCUCCUGUCAUGGAAUGGCAGGAUUGCACGGCAAGGAUUGAAGUUGAUGUCCCCGCCUCUGUGGCUUACAAUUGUUACUCUGAUCGUGAAGCAAUUCCCAAUUGGAUGCCAUUCAUUUCAUCUGUCAAGGUAUUGGAAGAUGAGCCUGCCUUGUCUCGGUGGUCUUUGAAGUAUAACGCAUUUGGCCGUGACCUUGAGUACUCUUGGCUUGCUAGGAAUAUGCAACCCAUUCCGAAUCAGAAAAUUCACUGGAGAUCUCUUGAAGGACUUCCUAACAGGGGUGCUGUUCGAUUUUAUCCUAAAGGACCUUCAUCAUGUCUAAUAGAACUGACGGUUUCUUAUGAAGUUCCACAGCUUUUGAUUCCGGUGGCAUCCGUACUUCAACCUUUUCUUGAAAAUUUACUCAAAAGUGGUUUGGAUCGGUUUGCAGAAUAUGCUAAAAGCUAAGGUUCAACACGAUAAUCGUCCCACUUAUUUUCUUCUUCUUUAAGGUGCAUUGAAAGGCUUAUUCUUAAGCUAACAUUGUUCAGAGCUAACAUUUUGGAACUGCAUAUGAAAGAGAGGGAUGGUUUUAUGUUGCAGCUUGAAUCAUAAAUACUUAUGAAA